CUCCACCGAAACCCUCGCUUAUAAAUACCAUCCGUCCGAUCUUUUCAAGCCCCUCUUUCGCUCUCUCUCGCCGCCGCCUGCGUCUCUCUCUUCAUCUCUCUGAACCAAAAAGUCUUUAGCUUUUCGCUUCGAGAGAGACCAUGUUGGUUUACCAGGAUCUCAUCUCCGGUGACGAGCUUCUUUCUGACUCAUUUUCCUACAAGGAAAUCGAGAAUGGGAUGCUGUGGGAAGUUGAGGGAAAGUGGGUUGUGCAAGGAGCUAUUGAUGUUGACAUUGGUGCCAAUCCUUCAGCCGAAGAUGCUGAUGAGGAUGAAGGUGUUGAUGACCAAUCUGUGAAGGUUGUUGACAUUGUUGACACUUUCAGGCUUCAGGAGCAACCCCCUUUCGACAAGAAGCAGUUUGUCGUGUUCAUGAAGAAGUUCAUCAAGAACUUGACACCGAAACUGGAUGCGGAAAAGCAAGAGUCCUUCAAGAAAAACAUUGAGGGAGCAACCAAGUUUUUGCUUUCAAAAUUGAAGGACCUUCAAUUUUUUGUCGGAGAGAGCAUGCACGAUGAUGGAUGUUUGGUAUUUGCUUACUACAAGGAUGGUGCUGUUGACCCGACAUUUUUGUACUUUGCCUAUGCAUUGAAGGAGGUCAAGUGCUGAGGUUUGAAGCAAAGGGAAAAAAAGUGGUUGCUGAAGAAUUUAGUCCUUUUUAUUAUUGCUUUUGUCUCUUAUUUUCAGUACUCUGCUAAAGACAUAAAUUAUUUAUGGUUUUUGAUGUUUUUGAUUUAAUUGUUUGUUGUUUUAUCAUGGAAUGGUUUCUAUUUUUAUGGGUUGUCUAAACAAUAAUUUAACUCUUUGUUCUAUUACUACUUAAGUUUAUUGGAAGGAGGUUUUUGGGACAAA